CACAGAGGUCCUAUCAGCGGUCUGGCUUUCUGUCCAAUUGUCGAUACCACCAGUAAUGAGGCAAUAGAACUGGCUACAGCCAGUUGGGAUGGCACAGUGCGCAUCUGGGAUCUGACGGCUGGGCUUACGUCAGCAGGACUUGGCCAGGAGGAAGUGGCAGUUGGCAUGGGCGGUACCAAAGAAGUUAUUCAACUCGAUUCUGACGCACUAUGUCUGGCUUAUCGGAACGACGGCCGACAGCUAGCUGCAGCUCUUUUAAACGGUAGCAUCGUCUUUCUGGAUCCACAAGAAGGGAAUACUCUUGGAAGUAUCGAGGCCAAGCACUGUCUUGGCGCUGCUAUGACAAGCAGCGAUGAUCUGGUAACUCCGAAACGAGCAGCCAAAGAACGGUAA